UGUAUUUGUAAGUCAGGGUUUCAAUUAAUUCAUAAUAAUGAAUUUAUCAAAUUUAUUUGGAUAAACAUUUUAAAAAAUUUGAACUCAUUUUUUCAAAUUAUGUGUGUGGCACUUUGAUCAUGGAUAUCAAUGCCAGGAAUUCUGUAUGAAGCUCAAGAAUGCAGUCUCCAUGAACACUCAUCUCUCUCACACACAAACACACAUGUAAUCACAAUGCAGAGGCAGGUCCCAUUUGCAUGAACAAACACUUUAAAUCCAAUUAAUCAGACUACAGAGGAAUGAGAACUGUAAAAGAGGAGGGGGAGGAAGGAAGUGCUUUCCUUGAAAAUGAAGCUGGUAGCGGAGAUACUGACCGGAAGUCUGUUCUUUGUUGAAGUGGAAGACGAUGCUACAGUAGGCGACCUAAAGAAAAAAAUUGGAGAGCAAGAAAACCUUCCCACUGAACGCCUUAUCCUGAUGCUUGAUGCCGAUGAACGUCUUCUGCUGGAUAGAAAUGAUGUUUGUCUCAAAGAUUAUGGGGUUCAAGAUAGCUCCCAUCUCUAUAUUUUCUUUAAACCCCUUGAUCAUGAUUCCCCAACUCCUAAAGAUUCUGCCUCAGGUGAACCUUCACCGUCCAAGCCAGGCCAAAACGAACCUUCAGAUGAAGAUGAUGAGCUCACACCCUCCGACAGUGACCAAGAUGUACCUUCACCGUCCAAGCCAGACCAAAACGAACCUUCACAUGAAGAUGAUGAGCGCACACCCUCCGACAGUGACCAAGAUGUACCUUCACCGUCCAAGCCAGACCAAAACGAACCUUCAGAUGAAGAUGAUGAGCCCACACCCUCCGACAGUGACCAAGAUGUAGAUGAGGAAUAUGAUGAGUCCACAUCCUCUGCUGAUCCCGGCUCGGACCAGCAGGAAGACUGACCAUGAAUCUUACUGCUGAUGUAAUAAUGAUUAUUUGUCUGAGCGAUGAAUCCUAAUGCAUGUCUUCGAACCAUUUCUUAUAGUGAUAGUGAAUAGCAGGGUUAAAUCUUCCAGUUAUAAGCUCCAAUAUGCACACAUGAGAUGUAUUGUUAGCAUUAACUGCAUGAGAAAGCCCUGAACAUCUAUACGAUGGAGAGCACCUUUUUUA